AUGAACGAUGCCAGGGAAAUAUUCCAACUUUACUCAAGAGCUGCUGCUGUACCGAUGGAGCUGACUCAAGACGAUUUACAUGCAAUAGCCAACGCUCGGCAGUGUCACAUCUGUGGCAAGUCAUUCAACGAUCCCAACGAUUACGAAGUUCGCGAUCACGACCAUCUGACGGGGAAAUUCAGAGGUAUGGCACACAGCUCUUGCAACCUCAACUUCAAGAAACCGCAUUUCCUGCCAGUGUUUGUUCACAACCUGAGCGGAUACGACACCCACCUGUUUAUCAAGAUGUUUGGGCUCAAAAACGAGACCAUCAAAGUUAUUCCCAAUAACGAGGAACGUUACAUCUCGUACACCAUCGAGGUUGAGCGUGGAGUGAAAAUACGGUUACUGGACUUGUUGAAAUUCAUGGCAAGCAGUCUAGACAAGUUGGCUAAGAACCUGUCCCCCGAUCAGUUCAGACACACUUCCAAAUUCUACCAAGGUGAGAAACUUGAACUGUUGUUGAAGAAAGGCGUGUAUCCCUACGACUACAUGGACAGCAUGGAAAAGUUUGAACUUUGCACACUUCCCGCCAAAGAAGAUUUAUACAACAAGCUAAACGACGCUCACGUAAAGCCCGAAGACUACCGACAUGCGGUCAACGUUUGGAAUACGUUCAACAUACAGAACAUGAAAGACUACACACUGUUGUACAACAAGACGGACGUACUCUUGCUGGCGGACAUAAUGGAGAACUUUCGCGACGUUUGCAUGCAGACGUACCAGCUCGACCCUGCUUGGUACUACACGGCUCCCGGACUCGCGUGGAGUGCGAUGCUCAAGACCACCGGCAUAAAACUCGACCUUCUCAGUGACUACAACAUGAUCCUGAUGAUCGGCAAGGGCAUUCGUGGCGGAGUGUCACAGUGCUCUAACCGGUACGCCGCAGCAAACAACCCUUAUAUGGAAGCAGAAUUCAAUGUGGACCAGCCGACUUCCUACCUGACGUACUUGGACGCAAACAAUCUGUACGGCUGGGCCAUGAGUGAGUACAUGCCGUAUAAGAACUUCAAGUGGUGCAAAACCGACAUUGACGUUACAAAAGUUCCGGAUGACGCACCAACUGGCUACAUUCUGGAAGUCGACUUGGUGUAUCCCAAUAAUUUGCACGACUUGUACUCUGACUUGCCUCUUGCACCGGAACGUCGAGUACCGCUGGGAUCGAAAGAAGAGAAACUUCUCACCACACUGCUAGAGAAGGAAAAAUAUGUUGUCCACUACCGGAAUCUAAAACAGUAUCUAUCGCUCGGCAUGAAACCUAAGAAAGUCCACAGAGUUAUAAGCUUCAGUCAAUCAGCCUGGCUCAAGCCCUACAUCGACUUGAACACUCAGAUGCGUACGCAAGCCAGGAACGAGUUUGAGAAAGAUUUCUUCAAGCUCAUGAAUAACAGCGUGUUCGGUAAGACAAUGGAAAACAUCCGGAACAGAGUGGACAUCCGACUGGCCACGAAAGACAAACAAGUCGACAAGUGGACUGCUCAACCAAACUUUAAGAGCAGGACGAUAUUCACCGAACAGUUGGCAGCCGUUCACAUGUCAAAAACGAAAUUGAUGUUCAAUAAAGCAAUCUACGUCGGCAUGAGCAUUCUGGACGUGUCGAAAACGCUGAUGUACGACUUCCACUACAACGUCAUCAAGAGGCGGUACGGUCACAAAGCCCAACUUCAAUAUACAGACACCGACUCGCUAACGUACCACAUCCAGACGACCGACUUGUACAAAGACAUCAAAGACAUGAUCGAUCUGUUCGACACCAGCGACUAUCCCGAGCCCAACCGUUACAACAUGCCUCGAGUCAACAAAAAGGGACUAGGGAAGAUGAAAGACGAGCUCAACGGCAGAAUCAUGUACGAGCACGUAGGACUUCGCUCGAAAAUGCACUCCAGCAGAUCCGAAGGCGGAGUGAUAAAAAAGUCGAAAGGUGUCAAAAAGACAACGAUAGAAAACCACCUGACCUUCGACGAUUACAAACAGUGUCUGUUCACCUCAGGUAUACAAUACGGUUCGAUGGACAUGAUCCGGAGCUUCAAACACGACUUGUACAGCGUUGAACUCAAAAAGAUUGUUCUGUCGCCUCACGAUGACAAACGUUACAUUCAAGACGACGGCAUCGGGACUCUGCCCUGGGGACACUACAGCAUCCCCGUAGAACUUAUGGCUGAGCUGGAAAUCCGGUCUGCUCUGUCGACACAGUGA